AUGACUGGCACACAGUACAAGCGCGCCGUCAACGAGACUGUCUACGUGGCGCGCGAUACGGAGGAUUUGGUCUAUAGGGUGGUGGACCGGGUGGUCUACAUCGCGGUGGACAACCGUGAAGGACUAGGACGCUUCGCCCUCCUUGUCAAUGAAGGAACGCGGGAAAGAAUUCCUGGUGAAGGAGGCCGCCGAAGACUUGGUCAGGCGCAGGAACCCCCUGGAGUGGAGACCCGGUGCGACGAAGGGCUGUCACUGGACACGAACCUCCGGCGAGCCAACAGGAGUGGUGGCGGCACAGAUCCGGAGAGCAACAUGAAGACCAGCGAGCUGAUGUCGAUCAAAGUGCGCGUGGAUACUCUGCGGGACGUGUCGCUGGCUGUCUUCACCAAAAUCCUCAUUCAAUCCACCCUCGGAGCAAACUUCUAG